AUGUCAUCACUCACACUCAAACAAACAUCGUCAAUGAAUAAUGUCACGGCGAUACCUCACUCAAUGUUGUUGGCCGAUGAUGAUGAGGUUGUUGUGGCCGCACCAAGGAAUCAGGUGAUAGAGGGCGAGUUGGUAAAGGAAGGCCACGUCUUUAAGAAUUGGAAGACCAGAUGGUUCAGAUUGGAGGAUGGAUACCUGUUAUAUUUCAAGUCAAAGAACUCCUCAUCACCAAUUGACAAGGUGCCACUGCGUGGCAGUCGAGUGUCCAAGAAGCCCUUCCAUCACAAGCCCAACUGUUUCGAACUAAUGGCAGUGUCCAUGCGAAAGAUAUUCCUGCUUCAAGCCAAGAGUGCAAGGGAGGUCGAUUUCUGGGUCAAUGAGAUUGAGAAGGCUGGUGUGUUGGCGCGAUCACCAUCCAGUCCUUCACUCAAAUAG